GCUGAAUUAAGUGUCGAUCAAUCAGUCAGUCGAAACAGGCUCCGGCUUAAACCUGUCCAAAACUGUCCGCGUUGCCUGGCGGAAUUCGUAGGGUUUUCCAGGUCGCUAAUCGCUUAAGAAAAAUGACGGGACAGCGGUGAAUCUCGUUUUUCGCGAUGCUCGUCGUUUAAGGUGCGCGUCCAUUUUAUAUUUUCUUGCGCGUUACGUAACACGCAAACGGAAUAUGGACGAGACGGUAGGAAAGCGGCGGUCGGCGAAGACCGUUUCUUUGCAGGUGACCUUGGCUUUCCUGACCAAUUUCUCGAAUGUCGCGCCGGGCAUGAGCAUCGGCUUCUCCUCGGUGACCAUUCCGGCCUUGAAAGAUUUCGACAGUCAACAGAUCUCUUGGUUCGCUAGCAUAGCUUCGCUAGCGACCCCUUUCGGUUGCUUACUGGCAGGACCGAUAGCGGACAAGUACGGCAGGAAAAGGGCGAUAGCGGUGGUCAACGUCACGGCCUUCUUGGGCUGGGCGACUGUGGGAGCCGCGUUUUACUCCGGAAAUUAUCUGUAUCCAGUACUGUUGCUCGGGAGGGUGCUGACCGGAUUGUCGACGGGGUUGUGCGGAUGUCCCGCUGCGAUUUACAUGGCGGAGGUCGCCACUUCGGACCUUAGAAGUGUGUUUACCACGUGGGUUUCUCUGUUUUAUGCUGUGGGCAUAUUCACGGUGUAUCUGUUGGGGUUGUUUUUGAAGGAUGACUGGGGUUUAAUCGCAUUGAUAGCGGCCAUAUUCCCCUUAAUCAGUUUUCUCUUCUUGACGUUCUGGGUGCCCGAAUCUCCAUCAUGGUUAAUCUCGAAGAACCGCGUGGAGGAGGCGAAACGCAGCGUUUGCAAACUGCACAGCAGCAAAAGUUACACGGAAGACGUGCACACGGAGAUCGAGUCGUUGAUCAAGGUCGCCGGAACCAAGGUCACCCGGGCACAGACCAAGACUCCGACCCAGCAGUUCGUCAAAAAGAUAAAACUGCUGGCGAGGAAGUCGUUUUUGAGACCUUUCGCGCUCGUGCUCGUUUACUUUGCUGUCCAGCAAUUUUCCGGUGUGUUCGUCAUCAUGUUUUACGCCAUCGAUAUUGUGAAAGCGGCUCAAGUCACCAUAGAUCCGUACGUGGCAAUAGUAAUCAUCGCCACCGUACGAUUGGUAUCCAUGUUGAUGUUGAGCUAUUUUAGCAAAAAAUUUGGCGUUAGACCUUUGUCUCUUAUCUCUGGUUCAGGGAUGACAGUGUGUAUGGUGGUUUUAGGAAGCUAUAUCCUUCUCGUUGAACAAGGAAGGAUAGCUGGCUCACUCCAGCAGGCUCUCGGAAUUAUGCCCUUGAUACUACUCAACGCGUAUUUUUUUGUUAGCACAAUGGGGUUUUACCCACUGCCUUUCGCAAUAACGGCCGAGGUGUUCCCCAGAAAUUUGAGGGGUACCGCCGCGGGGCUCAGUGUCGCCUGCAACUAUGUAUUUAAUUUUAUCACUGUUAAAUUGUACCCCACCAUGUUGAAAAGUUUUGGAUCUCACGGUGUGUUCUUUUUCUAUGGCGCGGUUGCCCUGUUGGGUACCGUUUUCGUGUGGUUUUUCCUACCCGAGACGAAAGGCAAAACGCUGGAGGAAAUACAAGAAUACUUUGUGGACAGGAAACCGAUGGUGAGGGAAACAACAGAUAGCGCAGUCAAUGACACCAAAGCAAACGUCGAGCCUUAAAGAUUUAAUUGAA